ACCUUUUUUGAAUUAACUGUCAAUACAAAGCGCUUCUCAAUUUGGAUUCAAGAAUCAAAAACUCACUUUCCUAUAUUAACAAUCUCUUCUCAACCCCAUUAAAUUCUCAUUUUCCAUUAGCUCUGUUCUUGUUACAUUCGCAAUCAGUUAAGUUUUUUUUCCAUUGAUAAUUCCUCUUCCACUUUGUUCUUAGUUGAAGAAGCAAAUUGAUACAAUGCAAGAAGAUUCUGUAUAUGAUCCACUAGUUUUCGGUCUUGGUAGUUACAUCUAUUGCAGUAAUUGUGAAGUUCGAAUUGCUCGUGUCCAGUAUUACAUUCCUAAUGUGCAGGACUUAGAUUAUGGAGGCUACUUUGAGAGAGUGUUUAAUGUUGUUAUACUAGACCAACCGAAAUUUCAUCAACAAGAAGAUGGAAAUACCCUAACCACACUCAAUAUUUACUGUACCCAAUGUGAUAUGCAGCUCGGAUGGAGACUAAUGGAAACCACCCUACCGUCCAAGUAUUUCAUAAGAGGAAGAUUCUUUAUGAGAUUGGACAUGCUCAUGUACAAGAGUCGUGUAACGUUGCAUGAUUCUCUCUUUGGAGGUGCAAAUCGACAGGAUCAUGUUCAAGAUGCAGGGGCUAAUGCUGAUCAAGAAGCAGGUGCUGAUGAGAGAAAUGCUGAUCAAGAUAGAGAUGCAAAGAACAGAAUCAUGAUCAAGAUGAAACCGCUAAUGAACAAGGUCCUAAUGAACAAUGAUCAAGAUGGACCACGGCCAAUGAAACGAAUGAAGAUGUAGUAGACCAACAGGCUGACGGAAAUGCUGACAUUGAUAGCCUACUCAUGCUGAUCAAAAUGCAGAAAGAUACACAUUGCACUUCACAAAAUGCUAAUUCAUAUUUGUAUGAUAUUCUUUUUUCUCUUUCUGAUAUUGGAAUUACAGUACAGAUUAUUAUUUCAGGCUGCAACAAAGCAGUUGACACUGCACUUUUUACAUGUUUCAGCUCUAUAUGCUGCUUUGUUUUUCUUUUAAUUUUUGGAAGCAAGUCAACUGUCAGAGAUGUAUUUCCUGAACUGCAAUCAUAUUUUUCUCGAAGCUAAAGUUGCUUGACAAUAAAUGCUAGUGAAGUUUGGUUUGUUUUUCUACAAAGGGAAAAAGGUCUGAUAUACCCCUUAACUUUGUCAUUUAGAGAUAUAUACCGUUGUUGACGGGUAUAUCAGACCCUUAGAAGCUAAAGUUGCUUGACAAGUGCACUGUUCCAGUAUGUGGUGAAGUUAGAUUUUAACAGAUAUGUAUGAUAAAUUGAUAAUUAUGUAUUUAUAGAUUUGAUUUUUAUUGUGACCUAGUUCAGAGAACGACAGCUUGGUUGCCAGACAAUAUCAAUGAUGGAAGA